AGUAAACUUAUUACAUCACAAGGAAAUCAACAUGUCGGACAGCAAGGGGCUGAGUAUUCCUCGGCGUCUGCCGCUACUACUAGUGGCAGAUGCAGUUCUUUUACCCGGAGCAUCUAUGAGAAUACCUGUGAACAAUCCAACAAAUAUGAAUAUGGUAAAAAGUCACAUUCUACGUCAUAACACCUUGACUAGCACAGUGAUAGGAGUGAUACCCAAGAAUCCUGAUAAAGAGGAGGUACUGGAUAAUAUGCACACCAUUGGCACAGCUGGAGUGGUGGUUCAAGUAACUGGUACAAACUGGCCAAGACCAGCUUACACUCUGCUUGUAACCGGUCUGUGCCGGUUUAAAGUGAAUCGGCUGAUCCAGGAGGAGCCAUAUCCGGUGGCUCAGGUGGAGCAGUUGGACAAGCUACCUGGAGAUGUUGCUUUUUUGGAAGCAGAUGCGGGAGCCCUGCCGGUUGCGGAUGAUUUUCGUGAGCAGGCAACCAAGCUUCUCGAACUGCUAGAUAUUACCACGCCCGUUGUGGCAAAACUCAAGAGGUUACUGGACAGCCUACCGAUUACUAGACUUCCUGAUAUAUUUGCUUCCAUUGUCCAGGCAUCGUACAACGAAAAGCUGGAGGUCCUCGAUGCCGUCGAUCUGGAGGAGCGCUUCCAGAAGACCCUCCCUCUCUUGGCCCGUCAGAUAGAGGGUCUACGCCUCCUUGGGCACGCCAAACGUGGGAGUGGCAAUAACAUCAGAAUUCCUGCUGCGCUCAAGGAGAACAAGAACAACCGUGUUGUCAUUCUGAAGAAUGGUCCGGGAAAACCGAGGUUUAUCGAUCGUCAGGAGAGGAGCAAUGAUAGCGAGAGUGAUGGGGACGAGAUAUCCGAGCUGGAACGCAAGAUUAAGGAUGCCCAGAUGCCCAAGCACGCACAGAAGGCGUGUCAGAAGGAGCUGAAGCGACUGAAGAAGAUGCCCAGUGCUAUGCCAGAGUAUGCCAUGACCAGGAACUAUCUAGAGCUGAUGUCAGAACUACCUUGGUCUAAGCAGUCUAAGGAUACCCUAGACAUCAAACAGGCCAGGAUUGAUCUAGAUGCCGAUCACUAUGGCCUGGACAAGCUGAAGAAGAGGGUGAUCGAGUACCUGGCUGUCCGUCAGCUGAAGAACUCCCUCAAGGGUCCUAUUCUCUGCUUCGUUGGUCCGCCUGGUGUAGGAAAGACCAGUCUCGGUAGAUCCAUAGCUCACACGCUGGGAAGGGCUUUCCACAGGAUAUCCCUUGGUGGUUGUUGCGACCAAUCAGAUAUCAGAGGACAUAGACGUACCUAUAUAGGAUCCAUGCCAGGUAGGAUUAUACACGGGCUCAAGAUUGUGGGAGUCAACAAUCCUGUCUUCCUCCUCGAUGAAAUCGAUAAACUGGGAAACAGUCUUCAAGGGGACCCAGCCUCUGCUUUAUUAGAAGUCUUGGAUCCUGAACAGAACAAUGCCUUCACCGAUCACUAUCUCAAUGUCCAAUUUGAUCUUUCUCAAGUGCUCUUCAUUGCCACUGCCAACUCCUUACAAACCAUCCCACCAGCCCUCAAGGAUAGAAUGGAAGUCAUUCAGGUCCCUGGCUACACUCAGGAAGAGAAGUUUCAUAUUGCCAAAGACCAUCUUAUUCCUAAGCAGUUGAAGGAACAUGGACUCAGCUAUGAACAACUGCAAUUUGCUGAGGAUGCCACUAAAUACAUCAUCUCCAAGUACACCAGAGAAGCAGGGGUACGCCAGCUGGAACGCAAGUUUGGCGCUGUCUGUCGUGCAGUAGCCGUCCGGGUCGCAGAGACGCAGAUGAGCAAACGCAAGAAUUCCCCUGGUUCUUCAGAGGAGGGCGCUCCCGACGCCUCAAUGGGGGACAGGGACGUAAAGGAAGACGUCAAGACAGAAAUGACAGAUGAGACUUCGCUGGAGCUGACAACAGAGGCCGCCAUUUCUCAUCCUCCCGAAAUGCCCAUUGUCAUCGAUGUUCUAGCAGUCAAGGAUAUACUUGGGGCUGCUAUCUACGAAAGUGAGACUUGUGAGAGAUUAUCCCAGCCUGGAGUUGCCGUAGGUAUGGCUUGGACAGCAAUGGGAGGAGAGAUCAUGUACGUUGAAGCCACUAAGAUGGAUGGCGAUGGAGAACUGACCCUUACUGGGCAGCUCGGGGAUGUGAUGAGGGAGUCUGCUCAGCUGGCACUCAACUGGGUUCGCAGCAAUGCCUCAAAGUUGGCUAUUGACACUAAACCCAGUGUUGAUCUGAUGGAAGGAACAGAUGUUCAUAUUCAUUUUCCUGCUGGAGCAGUAGGCAAGGAUGGGCCAUCUGCUGGAGUCACUGUCGUAACCGUACUUGUCUCCUUAUUCAGCGGACGUUGUGUGAGAUCAGACACGGCCAUGACGGGGGAGAUCACGUUGAGGGGACUUGUCUUGCCUGUUGGUGGAAUCAAAUCGAAAGUACUAGCUGCUCACAGAGCCGGUAUCAAGCAUAUCAUCUUGCCCAAAAGAUGUGAGAAAGACCUGGAAGAGAUUCCAAACAAUAUAAGGAAUGAGCUGACGUUCACACUGGCUACCAAACUGGAGGAUGUCCUGCAAAAUGCCUUUGACGGAGGAUUCCCGUCCUUAGAAAAACCUUCAGAUGACAUCAUUCCUAGCAAGUUAUGAGUUACGUAUUCCUUCUCUAGCAUUGCCGUUUCUAGUCAAUCAUGAAGUUGUUAAAAAAACAAUCCCAAAUCUUGCAUCUUCCUGUGCGAGUUUACUGGAAGACUGUUAAGCCAUCAGUACUUUGGACGUUCAGGGGAGCGUUUCAUAAAGAGAUAAUUCAGUUAUUUUUACUAUGCCAUUAUGGCAACUGCCAUGGAACCAUUAAU